GCGGGAAGGAGCGGGCUGGUGGCAAAGAGGUUUGAGCAGCAGUCUACUUGUCUUGUGUUAUUUAGCUAGCAAGCAGCUAGCGGGCUAGCUAAAUAAGAACCAACUGAAGACUGAACAUGCCGCGGGAAAUCAUAACGCUCCAACUUGGACAGUGUGGAAAUCAAAUUGGCUUUGAGUUUUGGAAGCAGCUGUGUGCAGAGCAUGGCAUCAGUCCAGAGGGUAUUGUUGAGGAGUUUGCAACUGAAGGGACCGACAGAAAGGAUGUGUUCUUCUAUCAGGCUGAUGAUGAGCACUACAUUCCCCGUGCAGUUCUCCUGGAUCUGGAGCCGAGGGUGAUCCACUCCAUCCUCAACUCUCCUUAUGCAAACCUGUACAAUCCAGAGAACAUCUACCUCUCUGAGCAUGGUGGAGGUGCUGGGAACAACUGGGCUAGUGGAUAUUCACAGGGCAAAAAAAUCCAAGAAGACAUCUUUGACAUCAUUGACCGGGAGGCAGAUGGCAGUGACAGUCUGGAGGGAUUUGUCCUGUGUCAUUCCAUUGCUGGGGGGACAGGCUCGGGCCUGGGAUCCUAUCUGCUGGAAAAACUCAACGACAGGUACCCAAAGAAGCUGGUGCAGACCUACUCUGUUUUCCCAAAUCAGGAUGAGAUGAGUGAUGUGGUCGUUCAGCCGUACAACUCGCUGCUGACGCUGAAGAGGCUCACACAGAACGCAGACUGCGUGGUGGUGCUGGAUAACACGGCUCUAAAUCGUAUCGCCACCGACAGGCUGCAUAUCCAGAACCCCUCGUUCUCCCAGAUCAAUCAGCUGGUUUCCACCAUAAUGUCUGCAAGCACAACCACCCUGCGCUACCCGGGCUACAUGAACAACGACCUUAUUGGCCUGAUUGCUUCCCUCAUCCCCACACCCCGCCUCCACUUCCUCAUGACGGGCUACACACCACUUACUACUGACCAAUCGGUCGCUAGUGUGAGGAAAACCACAGUGCUGGAUGUUAUGAGGAGGCUUCUGCAACCCAAGAACGUGAUGGUGUCCACAGGAAGAGAAAGGCAGCCGAGCCACUGCUACAUCGCCAUCCUGAACAUCAUCCAGGGAGAGGUCGACCCCACACAGGUGCAUAAAAGCCUCCAAAGGAUUCGGGAGCGUAAACUUGCCAGCUUCAUUCCCUGGGGUCCCGCCAGCAUCCAGGUGGCUCUGUCCAGGAAGUCCCCGUACCUGCCCUCAGCCCACCGAGUCAGCGGCCUGAUGAUGGCCAACCACACAAGUAUCUCCUCUCUGUUUGAGCGGACAUGCAGGCAGUACGACAAACUGCGUAAGCGCGAGGCCUUCCUGGAGCAGUUCCGCAAAGAGGACAUAUUCAAGGACAACUUUGACGAGCUGGAUAAUUCCCGCGAAGUAGUCCAGCAGCUGGUGGAUGAGUACAGCGCAGCCACGCGGCCUGACUACAUUUCCUGGGGAACGCAAGAACAGUGAACUGACUUUUCUGUCCUGUAUCUCACUUACCAUCCAGUCAGCACACAUGCUUAGCUAGUUUAUUCUAACUCAAUUUCUUCACUGUUGAAAAUAUUCUCUCAUUACACAUGUCCCAAAAUAGACAGACAUUUGGCUUUUAACUGUUUCUCUAAAAAAAAAAAAAAAAUAUUUAUUGGCUUGUUUAUAGCAUUAAAUAGUAUAGUAUGUUUGUGUGUCAAAACUGAGAAGAGACUGGGGGAUGGGUGUUAACAGCCACUGUAAUUAUAUUAACCGAAAAGUCAUGUCCUGGAAAUUCUGGUUUAAAUAAAACAAUCCUUACCUAACAAUCCAGUGAAGUGAAAGUAAGAGAACCCCUCUCCUGCAAAGCCUGUGCAGAACAAUAUAUCCUGUACAAAACAAUCUAUAAAUCUCUUGUCAGAAGUUGUUUUUCCUGAACUUUCUUGCUUUUUUUUUCAGCAGUGUGAAACAACCUGUUGCCUUGUUUUGGUCUAUUUUUAUACGAAGUACAGUACUUAAGUUCUUGUGCAGUUGAUUUCCAGUAAAACGUCCAUCGCCUAUGAAUUGCCUUGAAUGAUAGGGGUAGGAUUGACAGAACGUGUUGCAUGAUGGUCAAUGCAGGUUCGUGCAUCCUAGACAUUUCUGACGUGGUGUCGUCUUUCUGCUGCUGAAACACAUUGCUCGUUUGUUAACACUGUACAUGACCAACAAGAAUGUCUAGUUGAAGUUGGACUUGAGCCAAAAAUUAUGUUAGAGUGUCUGCCAUAUGAACAGCACUGACAUUUAAACAGCAUUUGUCAUGCACAACAGAGAAAGUAACAGUUUGCACGGAUGAGCAUGGUAUACAAGGAUGGAUCUUGUCAUGUUAACACUUCAUCUCUAUGCCUGUAAAUAGACUCAAAGAAUAGCUGGUUCCCUGGCGUUCUCUGUAUCGUAUAAAUGAAUAUACUGUACAUGUUGUUUUGCUUGUUGGACCUGUUUGAAAUGAUGAAUAAACACAUUUUCUAUUA